AUGGACUUGCUCCGGGGUGAACAAGCCGCCAAUACGCUUCUUACAAACGCUCUGACGGGCAACUUGGAGGCAUACAAAAGCCUGAAGGAGUGUGUGGGCGGGCAGAGUAGCGUAUCGCGACUGGCUGAUCUCAACGAACGUAUCACACGCGUCUAUACUCGACUUAUCCGGUAUGGAGUACGUCGACUCUGUUUGUCGGACGAAUACACCUUUGAUUUGGUUGAUGGCCGACUGACAGAAGAGAGUCUGCAGCUGGAUGCCGAAAAAAAUAUGACAGAGAUGGAGCUCAGAGACAAGCUAGGCGUGAUCAGAGAGAUGCGAGAGUUUCGACGUGCCAAGGAGUCAUCAAACCUGCAGGAGUUGAUGAAUCUAUACCAGGAAAUGUUGGACAGAAAUAGCGAGCACAGCAAGCUGUAG